UCUCGUUCUCGGUUCAGUCCCAGACUACUGUCCACGUCCAAAUCUUCCACACCAACCACAGAACAACACAAUACACUCCGAAAAGCCCCAGUACCGCCAUGAAUGCUGCGCUGUCUUACAUCACCGCAGGCAGCAAAGCGGGUCACUCACGGCCCCCUCACCUGAUCGCUGCCAGGUGCCGCUCGAGGUCACGACGAUCUCGCCCGUGCAAUGUCUCAUACCAGAAUGAUUAGCCUGGCCGUGUCGCGUGAAGCAUCUUUCUGAAGACUGACUUCGUGAAUAGUCUCACAUUCACUUGCAUAUGUUGCGUGCUCUUUCUGCCUCCAUGACCAGGCUCGUUAACUGCGGAUUCUUCUCAUCAUACUCUUCGCGCAAACACAAUGAGUGCUCCGAAGCAAGAAUACUUCUCGCGCUUCCGUCGUGCUGCGUUUGGCAGACGGUCUUCGCCAGACCGCUCCUCGCGCUCUCCAUCGCCUCGGACUUCGUUGUCCUCUGCGAUAAUACCGCACGCGGAGUUCUUCGCUAGCCUCGACGCCCGAACUCUGCCGAUCAAAACGCUCCCACGCGGCGACCGCACUUGUAACAUCUGUUUCGACCCCUUCCAAACCACCGCCCCAGGGCCGAAACAACGACUCGGUAUCGCAUGCUUGGAACGAUCUGGCCACGAGUCUCCACGCCCUGCUUCGCAGCACCACUCCUCAAGUAUUGCUGUCCCAAGCCGUGACCAGCGUCCUGUCCAGGUCCCGUGUGGACACAUUUUCGGCAAAGACUGCCUUGAGGACUGGCUAAGGAUGUCGAAUCAGUGUCCGAUGUGUCGACGGAACAUGUGCCAGCGCGAGGAUGGGUAUCGGAUCAGUGUGGGCUAUCUGGAUGAAAUGGAGCGGAGGGAUGUCAGGAUCGGGUAUGAUGGGAUCGAGAGUGUGGCCGGGGAUAGGGGACAGGGGUGGGCGCCGGACAUUGCGGAAUUGUGUGAGUAUAUCUGGACGAGGUUGAUUUGAGGGAAACGGGGUUUGGAUGACGUUCCUAGACGAGGUUCCUGGAUAAGGAUGGCGUUUUGGGUGUCAUGGAAUUCAUUCAGAUUGUGCAUAUAUUAAGAUCGGAUUAUCCGCGUGAUAUAGAAACUUUGGCUUUGAUACAGAGUGGGAAUUCUCUCGACAUUCAAAUACUCAGACAACAAAUGCAAUCCUACAAACCACUCACAUGAC